GAAGGACCCCCCCAGCCCCGAGCUGCUCUCAGCCCUGCAGGAGCUGCUGCGCAUGGCGGGGGCGGCCGCGGGGGGGCUGCCCCUGCUGGACCCAGUGGGAGCCCUGCAGCUGCGGGACCCCCCUGCUGUGGAGGCAGCUGCCCGUGCCCGAAGCCUGGGGGCGGCCCUGGGGGGCUUUCGCUGUGUGCACGGCCCCCGCUUUCCCCAGCUGUACUCGCAGUUCGCUGCGCGGCGCCGGCUGCAGGCACAGGUGGAGCAGCUCCAGUACCAGCUGUCGGACCGCUCCCUGCUGCUGCUGCCCGAGUACCGGCAGCGCCUGGGCGUGCUGCAGGCUCUGGGCUACGUGGCCGACGGCGGUGCGGUGCAGCUCCCCGGACGCGUGGCGGCGCUGCUGAGCUGCCACGAGCUGCUGCUGACCGAGCUGCUGCUGGGCAACGUGCUGAGCCCGCUGCGCCCCGAGGAGGUGGCCGCGCUGCUGUCCUGCACCGUGCAUCCGGGCCGGGGCGAGCCGCCCCCAAAACUGCCUCCCAACCUGCAGCGGGGCAUGGAGCAGAUCCGCGCCGUGGCCGAGCGCGUGGGGCGGCUGCAGGAGGAGUGGGGGCUGCCCCAGAGCGCCGAGGACUACGUGGGGCAGUUCGGCUUCGGGCUGGCCGAGGUGGUGUACGAGUGGGCGCGCGGCAUGCCCUUCGCCGCUCUGGCCGCCCUGGCUCCGCUGCAGGAGGGCGCGGUGGUUCGCUGCAUUCAGCGCCUGGAGGAGCUGUGCCGGGAGCUGCGCCGCGCCGCGCGCAUGUUGGGCGACCCGGGGCUGGCGGCCACCAUGGAGGCGGCGAGCGGCUGCAUCAAACGGGACAUCGUCUUCGCCGCGAGUCUCUACAUUCAAUAAAGGCCGCGGGAUCCGCCG